UCAUUGCGCGGUUAAACACUUUGCAAAGAACGUUUGCCGGUUAAAGAAGGAAAAGCUUACAGCUUACUUUUCAUACUUAAGUAUCAUCAAUUUGCUGGAGUCUUUCAAUUGGUUUAGUCUUCUUUAAAGAUCAACAAGAAAGCUUAGAACUCUUCAGUAAUUACGUCGAAGUCGGAGGAAAUCCAAUUAUCUAAUUCUUAAGAGUCUUUUUUUGGAGGGAAUUUAACGAUGGCUGACGCAACAGAAAAUACACCUCUCGAUGCUGCAUCAGCUUUAUCUCUUGGAAAACGUCAUCUUUUGGUGUGCGACUAUAAUAACGCGGUAAAUACAUUGGUUCAAGCUUGCGAGCUAUUGGUCAAAGAUCAUGGAGAUCGUGCCGAUGAAUUAGCAGAGCCAUAUUUACUUUAUGGUCGUGCACUUCUUGGACUCGCGCGUGAAGAAAGUAAUGUAUUGGGUGCCGGUGUACCUGGAAAUGAUUCCGACGAGGAGGAAGACGUUGACGACGAUGAAGAGGGCGAAGACGAGAAAAGCGAUGAUAAAGACUCUAAUGAUGAGAAAAGCGAAGUAGAAAAAGAAGACAAAACAAAAGUUAAUGACGACGAAAAGGACAAAAAUACCGACAAUAAAGACACUAAAGUCACUGAUAAAAAAAAAGAUGAAAACAAAGUUGAAGAAACUAAAGACAAAACAGAAGUUGCUGAAAGUAAAGAAGAAAAAAAAGAAAUCACUGAAAGUAAAGAUAAAAUCAAAGAUAAAAUGGAAAUUACCGAAAAUGAGGACAAAAAAGUUACAAAAACUGAAGAUAAAGAUAAAAUGGAAAUUAAUGAAGACGACAAAAAAGAAAGUACCAAGAAGGAGGAAAAGAAUGAAGAAAAAGAUAAAAACGAAAUAAAGGAAGUUACCGAAGACAAGGAGAAAAACGAUGUCGAUAAAACGAAAGAGAAAAGUGAAGAUGCUGCAAAGUCAAAAGAUGAAACUGCCGAAAAGAAAGAACCAGAAGCUAAAUCUAAGGAAGAUAAUAAAACAGACGAGCAAAAAGUGGAGGAAUCGAAAAAGGAGGCAGAAAAAACUUCCGAUGAUUCGACAAAGAAAGUAGAAGACAAAGAAGUGAAACCCGUAGAAAGUAAAACACCAACAGAUGAAGCUAUUCCCGGUUCCAGUAAGAUGACAAAUGGUGAAUCAUCUGCUGAAAAUAAUAGUAUGAUCGAAAAUGGAGAAGACGACGACGAAAUUGAUAAUCUACAGGUCGCUUGGGAAGUGCUCGAUCUUGCCAAAUUAAUAAUUCUAAAACGAGGACCAUCGGCCUGGAAAUUAUUGGCGGAAGCUCACAGAUUACUUGGGGAGGUAGCAAUUGAGGGUGGAAAUGCAGUUGGCGCUAUGACCGAUUUUGAAGCGUGUUUAGAUUUAUUACAAAAAAUCGAACCCUGUGAACCGCGAGCAAUUGCCGAAAUUUACUAUCAACUUGGUUUGGCUUACGCUUAUACAAAUGAAUUUGACGUAAGUAUUGAAAAAUUCCAAGAAGCCAGUUCAAUCCUCGAGGCGAGAAUCAAGGAACUUGAACAAAUCACUGAACCACCAAAAUGUGAUGAUCCAUUCUACAGUGUCGAAGGUGAAAUAAAAGAACUCAAAGAAUUAUUACCUGAAAUUGGUGAGAAAAUAUCCGAUAUGAAAGACGCAAAACAAGAAGCGUGCAAACGAAUUAUUGAAAAUAUUCGCGAAAAAUCGGCUGCUGGCAGUUGUUCAAAUGGUGGCGCGAGUACAAGUGCUGUGAAUGGUGGUGCAUCAUCGUCAACAUCGGGAUCAUCGUCGUCUGGCCUUUCAAAGAAAUCUGUUAACGAUAUUUCUCAUCUUAUUCGUAAAAAACGUAAACAAGAAGAAGAUGUCGAUGUUGAAAGUUCACCAUGUAAGAAACCCUCCACAGUAGAAUAAUUUCCUUUUCUAUAUAUAUGUUUUUUUUAAAUGAAAAUAUAAAAUACAAAACGUGUUUUGUAUAGAGAUUCCAUACCUCAAGUUUUUUACGCAAUCGUUUUUCUACUGUUUUUUUUUUUUGAGAUAUUUCAUUCUUUUUUCAAACGAAACAACAUGAGACACUAAUGAUGUCUCAUCGCUAUUUUUUUAAUUUUUAAUAUAAUAUCGUGAUAAGUCCUUAGCCUUAAUGUUUUUUUAUACUCGAUUAUAACUAUUCUUUUUAUUUAUUGUUCAACGUUCUAGUUCAGCACAAAGUGUGAUUAUUUUUCGGAUUUUUUUUUCUUUAUAAGAAACGCUGUACUAUAUCCUGGAUAUGUAAAACGUUGUAAAACCUCUAAAGGCUGAUAAUAAAAUAAUGUUUGUUCUUUUCUAAA